AUGGCUUUCUUUUCCCUUCCUUCCUUGACUCACCCUAUCCAUCCUACCCCAGUUAGCUCUUUCUCCUUAAAACCUUUAAUUUACUCAUCUUCCCCUGGCUUCUUUUCUCACCCGUUCCGGGCAACUCGUGUAACAAACCAAAAAUCCCAUGCAGAAGCUAGCACAUGUAAAGCCCAAAAGGCAGACCAUCAUCAAAACCCUAGUACUGAUGACAGUAUUAGUUCAUCCAAAUCCAAAUGUGGUAAAACUUCAGCAGGGAAAUUUGAAAGAAGGGAUGUCCUUCUUGGCCUCGGCGGGUUAUAUGCUGCAACCACGCUCGGCACCAAACAAUCAAGCCUUGCGCUGCCAGUUUCACCCGAUAUUUUCAACUGUACCGAAGCCACGGAGACCCGAAAUGGCAUACCUAUCAACUGCUGCCCUCCCUCCGCCGCGGGUUACAAUGAUUAUACACCUUCUGCUAGUGAAGUCUACACAAGAAUGCCGGCUCACGCGGUCAGCCAUGACUAUGUCAAAAAAUAUUCAUCUGCCAUUACAAAAAUGAAGAACCUUUCUAUGAGCGAUCCUCGUAAUUUUUACCAACAGGCAAACGUCCAUUGCGUGUAUUGUGACGAAGGGUACCCUCAAUUGGGCUUUCCAGACAAAAAAUUGGAGAUUCAUAGCUCAUGGCUUUUUUUUCCGUGGCACAGAUGGUACCUUUAUUUCUUUGAAAGAAUUUGUAAAAACUUGCUUGAUGAUGAUACGUUUACUUUGCCAUUUUGGCAAUGGGAUGAUUCUUCAGGCAUGCAAAUUCCAUCCAUGUUUAACGACAGCAAAUUGUCCCUAUACGAUUGCAUCCGCAACCCAAAACACUUGCCUCCUAAAGUGGUGGAUUUAGCUUACAACGGCACAGAUUUGCCAAUCGACCCCAAUAUUCAAAUCCAGUACAAUUGUUGCACAAUGUACACUCAAAUGAUCACUCAGUCGUCCACGCCUGAGUGUUUUUUCGGACAGCCACUUUUGGGGGGUAAUGAUCCCGAUCCCGGAGCGGGCUCCAUUGAAAAUAUACCCCACAAUUGUGUGCACGAUUGGGUUGGCGACCCUUCCCAGCCUAACAACGAGGACAUGGGCGUCUUAUAUGCAGCCGGCCGAGACCCUAUAUUCUAUGCUCACCAUGCCAACGUUGAUAGAAUGUGGUACAUUUAUGACAAUGUUUUGAAAUGCAAAAAUAUUGAAGACCCAGAUUGGUUAAAUUCCUCUUUUAUUUUCUUCAACGAGGCGGCGAGACCCGUUAGAGUGACGGUUAAAGAUUCCACAAAUCUCGCCAAGCUUGGAUAUACCUAUCCUGACUUGCCACUUUCUUGGUUAGAUUGUAAGCCAAAAGCGCGGAGAAGGGGCCUGAACCCGACAAAGUCCGCACCUAAGGCUAGUGAAGUGAUGCCAAUGCAAUUAGAGAAACCCGUCAGCUUCGUGGUUGAGCGGCCUAAGAAGUCAAGGAGUGGAAAAGAGAAAGCAGAGGCAGAAGAGGUGCUGAAGAUUAAGGGAAUCCAAUUUGAUAAAGGAGAAACUGUGGUGUUCGAUGUGUUUGUGAACGAAGAUGAUACCAGUCAGAGUAAUCCGUGCAAGGCUGAGUCUCUAGGAAGCUUCAACAGUUUGGCGCAUGGACAUAGCAUGAAAUCUACCACUUCCCAGUGUUUUGCGAUUUCAGAGGUGCUGGAGGAAUUGGGAGCUGAUGAUUUUGACAGCAUUUUGGUCACUUUGGUCCCCAGAAGAGGUGCUGUGACCAUAGGAGGUAUCGAGAUUACCUUUGUUCCUAAAUCUUAA